AUGCACCCCCGUCUAGAAGGCUGGCUGCAAAAAUGGCUCAAACAGAAGAAGAAGGAGGAGGACGACUCACCACCACCUUGCGAAGCCAUCCCAAAGCUAUCGAGCCCGCGCCCGCGCCCCAUCACGCCCACGCCGGACAACGGGCUAACGGCGCAGCCGCAGACACAAUCGCGAUUCUUCGGCCGGCUGCCGCUCGAGCUCCGCCAGCUCGUCUACACCCACCUCUUCGGCAACCGCGUCGUGCACGUGGAGCUGGGCUACCAAUACCCGCGGAAAUCCGGGGGAAUUGGGCACGCUGGGUGGGGCACGCCAGGCCUCGAUGGGUGCAUCAAUUACCGCAACGAUGAGAGCAACGGGAAGAGAUGGGUAUGGCAGAGUUCCGGCUGCUGUAGGGACCCGGAGUGCUGCUGGUGGGAGGAUGGAUGCAUCGUCGGGCGGGGGACCAAGUGCAGCGGCGGCGGCGGCAGCCAAGUCAGAGACUGUACCAUUGACGCCAGUUGGCUACUGGUAUGCCGACAGGGUUACCUCGAAAGCGUCGACAUCCUCUACUCAACAAACACCUUCCACCUGGGCGACCUCUCCGCGCUUCUCCCCCGCACCGGCCUUAGAAAGAACGACGAUUAUAAGCCCGAGCCCCCCAACCAAAUCACCCUCCUGCGCGCCAACCUCCUCCCCCACCGCUUCGCCCAGCUCUCCCGCCUACACGUCCGCGCUUAUUCGCCCCACGACCCGCCGCACCCGUCGUACGCACGCCUCUGCCGUACCCCGGUGCUGCUGCUGCCGGCGCUGCGCGAGCUGCGGCUGGCCGUGCAGGUGCGUAAUCCGCGCUGGAAGGCCGGCGGGCCCGCUCCGGAUGGCCGGAUUCCUGCGUUGGACGCCGCGUGGCUGGGUGUUGUGGAUGAGAUGGUGGCGGAGAGGCGCUUGGGGUUUGUUGAGUUUGUGGUUGGGGAGACGUGGUGGGAGGCGUUUGAUCGGAGGGGCGGCGAGGUCGUGCGGGGGGAUGGGGGUGGGGAGUAUCGGCGGUUUUGGAGAGUGGUGGAGGAGGAGAACGGGAUGGAAGGUGGGCUUGGUUACUGGGUUGCUGGUAUGCCGGACUACUGUAUGUCGACUAUGCGGAUGCGGUGGUGGUCAUGUGGCACCAACAAGUUGAUAGAUGUUGCAACACUCUAUCUACAUGUUUACGUGGGCACCGAAGUGCCGCUCGUGAUGGUUGUUGCUGUUCCCGCCACUCCAAUGCACACGAAGGUGUCGACCUUCAAAUCGCUGCAGUCGUCGUCAACCGCCGAGUUCCAGCUGUAG